UUAAACGAGCAAGCAACAGUCCGGUUCUCAAGCAACAAGACUCUUCACCUCCAAUUUCUCUGGUCGUUCCAGUGUCGAUUAACACUAAAAACCAACACCAAUCAUGCCUUCCUACACACUCCACUACUUCAACCACCGUGGCCGUGCUGAGAUCUGCCGUAUGCUGUUCGCAGCUGCUGGUGUCCAGUACAAUGACCGCAGAAUCGAAUCUUCCGAAUGGGACAGCAUGAGAAACAAGAUGCCAUGUCACAUGAUGCCAAUGUUGGAAUUGGACAACAGAACUCAAAUUCCCCAGAGUAUGGCUAUGGCCAGAUAUUUGGCCAGGGAAUUCGGUUUCCAUGGCAGAAACAACAUGGAGAUGGCCAGAGUUGACUUCAUCUCAGACUGCUUCUAUGACAUCUUGGACGACUACAUGAGAAUGUACCAGGAUGGUAACUGCAGAAUGAUGUUCCAGCGAUCCAGGGAUAUGAGCAGCUCUUCUGAUAAGCGUAUGCGAUUCCAAGAGACUUGCCGCAGAAUCCUGCCAUUCAUGGAGAGGACUUUGGAAAUGUACAGCGGUGGUAGCCAAUAUUUCAUGGGUGACCAGAUGACCAUGGCUGACAUGAUGUGCUACUGCGCCCUUGAGAACCCACUGAUGGAAGAAACAUCAAUGCUCAGCAGCUACCCAAAACUGAUGGCACUGAGAAACCGUGUUAUGAACCACCCUAAGAUGAGCAACUACCUCCAGAAAAGAUGCCGCACCGAAUUCUAAACUACCUUGAGAAAAGCUGAAGAAUACAUUCUUUAUGAUGAUGAUGAUGUUGAUCAGUAAAGCAAUGCAUAUAUAAUUGGAUCCCAAUCAUGUUUACAUGGUCUCAGAGAAUGUCAGUGUCUAUCUACCCUAGUAUUUGUCCCUGUUCCGAAUGUGUUUCAAUGUAAAAA